GAGUUUUGCUUCCGAGGUCAAGGCGAGCAGCGUGUGCUGGAGACUCACGUUGCGGGCUAAGUGGGAGAGACAAGAGUGGUAACCCGGGGCCGGGGACCGGCGCGGCGGAGCUCGGAGUAGUAGAGCGGAGUGAAGACACGGGGGAGGAUAGAAACAGGCAUUCCUUUGGGCCCGAGGAUUGGCGGGAGUCGUGCUGGGUGCUCUCGCUGUGUUGAGGUCCCAGUGAGGGGAAGGAGCAGGGGAAGAGGGUCUCUAGUCGGGGUCCAGGGCAAAGGGACUACAAAAAGGAUGCAGGUGGCUAUAGAAAUGAGGACGACGAGGAGAUGCUGUGGAGGGGCAGUAGAGGUGAGAAGAUGAUGCAGAGAAACUGUAUCAGUGAGGAACUGUGUAGAGGGUCAUAGAGGUGAGGUGGUGGAGAGAAACUGUAACGGACCAUAGAAGUGAGGGAGCCGUUGUAGAAGGACGUGGACGUGAAAGGGUCGUGUAGAUGGGCAUAUGUGUUAAGCAGCAGGGUAGAGGGGUUGAAGAGGAGAAAUUCAUGGAGAGAAAGAAGGCACCUAGAGUGAGCUCUGCAGAGUGCUGCGUGGGUUAUCCAUAGAGUCUGGUCUAGUGAAGGCACGCUAACCAGGCACCUAAGGCAUUUCAAGUAGUGACUUCCUACAUUUGGCUAAGAAUGUGGGCCCGCCUCAGAGGUGGGUACCCCCUCCGUAUCUUGCUACCCCUGCGUGGGGAGUGGAUGGGUCGGAGGGGCCUGCCCCGAAACUUGGCCCCAGGCCCUCCUCGCAGAAGAUACGGGAAGGAGACUCUCCAAGCCUUGGAGAUGCCAGUGUUGCCUGUAACUGCAACCGAAAUCCGCCAGUAUUUGCGGGGGCAUGGGAUCCCCUUCCAGGAUGGCCACAGUUGCCUGCGGACACCGAGCCCCUUUGCAGAGUCUUCGCAGCUCAAAGACCAGACUGGUGUUACCACUUCCUUCAGCCUCUUCAUUGACAAGACCACAGGCCGCUUUCUCUGCAUGACCAGCCUAGCAGAGGGGAGCUGGGAGGACUUCCAGGCCAGCGUGGAGGGGCGAGGGGAUGGGGCCAAGGAGGGUCUUCUGCUUAGUAAGGCUCCAGAAUUUGAGGACAGCGAGGAGGUCCGGAGGAUCUGGAACCGAGCAGUACCUCUCUGGGAGCUGCCUGAUCAGGAAGAGGUUCAGCUGGCUGAUACAAUGUUUGGCCUUACCAAGGUUACAGAUGACACACUCAAGCGUUUCAGUGUGCGAUAUCUGCGACCUGCUCGCAGUCUUGUCUUCCCUUGGUUCUCCCCUGGGGGCUCAGGAUUACGAGGUCUGAAGCUACUAGAGGCUAAAUGCCAGGGGGAUGGAGUGAGCUAUGAGGAAACCACUAUUCCCCGACCCAGUGCCUACCACAAUCUGUUUGGAUUACCACUGAUUACUCGUAGAGAUGCUGAGGUGGUACUGACCAGUCGUGAGCUUGACAGCCUGGCCUUGAACCAGUCCACGGGGCUGCCUACCCUUACUCUACCCCGAGGAACGACCUGUUUACCCCCUUCCUUACUCCCUUACCUGGAACAGUUCCGGCGGAUUGUAUUCUGGUUGGGGGAUGACCUUCGGUCCUGGGAAGCGGCCAAGUUGUUUGCACGAAAACUGAACCCCAAACGAUGCUUCUUGGUGCGGCCAGGAGACCAGCAGCCCCGUCCCCUGGAGGCCCUGAACAGAGGCUUCAAUCUUUCUCGUAUUCUUCGUACCGCGCUGCCUGCCUGGCACAAGUCCAUCGUGUCUUUCCGGCAGCUUCGGGAGGAGGUGCUAGGAGAACUGUCAAAUGUGGAGCAAGUAGCUGGCCUCCGCUGGAGCCGCUUCCCAGACCUCAAUCGUAUCUUGAAGGGACAUCGAAAGGGUGAACUGACGGUCUUCACAGGGCCAACAGGCAGUGGAAAGACGACAUUCAUCAGUGAGUAUGCCCUGGAUUUGUGUUCCCAGGGGGUGAACACACUGUGGGGUAGCUUCGAGAUCAGUAAUGUGAGACUAGCCCGGGUCAUGCUUACACAGUUUGCCGAGGGGCGGCUGGAAGAUCAAUUGGACAAAUACGAUCACUGGGCUGACCGCUUUGAGGACCUGCCCCUCUAUUUCAUGACUUUCCAUGGACAGCAGAGCAUCAGGACUGUAAUAGAUACAAUGCAACAUGCAGUCUACAUCUAUGACAUUUGUCAUGUGGUCAUCGACAACCUGCAGUUCAUGAUGGGUCACGAGCAGCUGUCCACAGACAGGAUCGCAGCUCAAGACUACAUCGUUGGGGUCUUUCGGAAGUUUGCGACAGACAAUAACUGCCAUGUGACGCUGGUCAUUCACCCCCGGAAAGAGGAUGAUGACAAGGAACUACAGACAGCAUCCAUUUUUGGCUCAGCCAAAGUGAGUGGCCUUUAGAGGAGCUCAAGCUUUGGAAAGUAGAGUGGGCAAGCCAGGAAGCAGACAAUGUUCUGAUCCUGCAGGACAGGAAGCUGGUAACUGGACCAGGGAAACGGUAUCUGCAGGUGUCCAAGAACCGCUUUGAUGGAGAUGUAGGUGUCUUCCCACUUGAGUUCAACAAGAACUCCCUCACCUUCUCCAUUCCACCAAAGAACAAGGCCCGGCUCAAGAAGAUCAAGGAUGACACUGGAUCGGUGGCCAAAAAGCCCUCUUCUGGCAAAAAGGGGGCUACGCCACAGAACUCUGAGAUUUGCUCAGGCCAGGUCCCCACUCCCAAACAGCCAGACACCUCCAAGCGUUCAAAGUGAAGGCCGUGCAGAGCUGCUCACUGAAAUGAGCCUGAUAGGACAGGCUGGAGCAUAAAACUCUGAGGGCUCCUCUAUCCUGUGGUCCUGAGCUGUGUGCCCUUCUCAGUCUGAGGGGCCUAACCUAGAGCUGGUUUCUAUAGUGAGAAAAUUCAAUGUAGCAGACUACUGAGAAACUACUGUGCUUCUCAGGCUUUCUUUGAGGUCCUGUAUAUACAGCACUGAAAAGAGAGAAAGGUCUCUGCCCCCAUGCAUUCUGGUGGAAGAGACAAGCAAGCAAUGAACAAAUAAGCAGAAAACCUAGUUUUAGUUAGUGAAGAAUGCUGUAAAGAAAAUAUAAAUGCGAUAGAUAGACUGCUGGCAGGCUAGUGUAGAUAAGUGGUCUGAAAAGGUGACUAAGCCGAGGGCGUGUGAGCUGGGGCCUAAACAACUAGAAAGAGAGCGCCCUGUGAACAUCCGGAGAAGGGGACCCAGGCAGAGAAAAGGAAAUCCAAGCCCUGAGGUAGGAAUGAGCAGGUCAGAUUCAAGGCAGUAAGGUCAGGCCCCCUGAAUCUUCAGGAGAGUCGGGGACUUCAUGCAAAACUCCAGCCUAGGCUUUCAGAGUCAAAGGGCGAUACAGUGGGUACCAAGCCCCUCUGCUCUCCACUUUGUAGAGCCUGGCAUGAGGUGGCAUGUACUAGAAUUGGAUCCUAGGUGCUUAGGCCUGCAACAUCAGGGCCUCACGGGUGGGAGCUGCCUCGGGCUGGGUUGCUUGGCCAUAGAGCCAUGGGAGGAACCUGUCAGCCCGGAGUGCCUGCCACCUAGACACUGAUGCUAUUGUGUGCUGCCUCAAGACAGCUGGAAUUAAGACAUUUUGUAGAGCCUUUUCCAGUUUUACUAAAAAAUUUUUCCAUUGCC